CAGGCGGCUCCUGUCCCGAGUGGAGGCGGCGGAGCCGGAGCCGGGGGAGGGGGCAGCGGCUGUCGGAAGGACCGCGGCGUCGCCCGCAGCUCCCCAUCGCACCCCCACUGCAGGCCCGAGGCGCUUUCCGGAGCUUCCCACACUUCUGGGGAGAAGACUUCUUAGCCAGCUUGAUGUUUAAAAUUCAGCUGGAGCCUUUAAAACUUCGAGCGUGGACGCUGAAUGGGUUUGUAAAGUUUCGAAACAAGGAGACCAGCACCGGUCCAGUGGCUGUAAUGGGAAAAGAUUAUUACAAGAUCCUGGGAAUCCCAUCGGGGGCCAAUGAGGAUGAGAUCAAGAAAGCCUACCGGAAGAUGGCCCUCAAGUACCACCCAGACAAGAACAAAGAGCCCAAUGCUGAGGAGAAGUUCAAAGAGAUUGCAGAGGCCUAUGAUGUGCUGAGUGACCCCAAGAAGCGGGGCCUCUAUGACCAGUAUGGGGAGGAAGGCCUGAAGACCGGCGGCAGCUCAUCAGGCGGCUCCAGUGGCUCCUUUCACUACACCUUCCACGGGGACCCCCAUGCCACCUUUGCUUCCUUCUUUGGUGGCUCCAACCCCUUCGAUAUCUUCUUUGCCAGCAGCCGCUCUACUCGCCCCUUCAGUGGCUUUGACCCUGAUGACAUGGAUGUGGAUGAAGACGAGGACCCCUUUAGUGCCUUCGGCCGCUUCGGCUUCAAUGGGCUGAGCAGGGGUUCCAGGCGAGCCCCGGAACCGCUGUACCCUCGGCGCAAAGUGCAGGACCCUCCCGUGGUCCAUGAGCUGCGGGUGUCCCUGGAGGAGAUCUACCAUGGCUCCACCAAGCGCAUGAAGAUCACAAGGCGGCGCCUCAACCCUGAUGGACGAACUGUGCGCACCGAGGACAAGAUCCUGCAUAUUGUCAUCAAGCGGGGCUGGAAGGAGGGCACCAAGAUCACAUUCCCCAAGGAGGGCGACGCCACCCCAGACAACAUCCCCGCUGACAUCGUUUUUGUUCUUAAAGACAAGCCCCACGCACACUUUCGCCGAGAUGGCACCAAUGUGCUCUACAGUGCCCUGAUCAGCCUCAAGGAGGCGCUGUGUGGCUGCACGGUGAACAUUCCCACCAUCGAUGGCCGAGUGAUUCCUCUGCCCUGCAAUGACGUCAUCAAGCCAGGCACAGUGAAGAGACUCCGUGGGGAGGGCCUGCCCUUCCCCAAGGUGCCCACCCAGCGGGGAGACCUCAUUGUCGAGUUCAAAGUUCGCUUCCCAGACAGAUUGACACCACAGACCCGACAGAUCCUUAAGCAGCACCUACCCUGUUCCUAGGCUCUGCCCCAGCCAGCCCAGAGUCGACCACAGCAAUACCCCCCAUUUUCACCCUGCCCAACAUGCACCUGGCUCGGUGUCCACUGGACACUGGCAACUUUUUCUAAAAUGCAAAAAAAGAAAAAAAGAAAAAAAAAAAAAAGGUUUUCAGGACAAUGUUCCUGUCCCUGACCCUUGUCAGAGCUGGGCUGUCUUAGGGGAGUGGGAGGGAAGCGGGAAGAGCUAGCCUGGGGCAGGGGUCAAUUUUUGUGUCACUUGCUUUGAAUUCAGUUCCCACUCCAGUGGCUGGAGAGAGACCUGAGUGCUACUUGAAGAUCCAGAGUUUCCUUACCCACACCUGUAAAUAGCAUGUCCUCUUCCCCUCCCAGCUUCGCAACUAAUCUGUCCUCCAUCCCUGCCCCGCUUCUUCCCGGGGAAGAGAGUAGAAAGGGCACUCACUGCUUUGCCAAUCCUGCCACCACCCCAGGGCACACACGCUCACACACAUAAAGCUCUCGCCUCGAGCUGUCCAUGCCUCUCAGGGCUGAGAGAGGAAGGGCAGGUCCAGAAACCCCCGAGUUGGGCCAUUGAGCACGAGACACUUUUCAUUUGGGGCAGUGAGGUGAAGGAGGCUUUCACAGGCUUCCUGUCAGCUCUCCUGCCUCGACCCCACAGAACUGGAAGUUUAGUCCUCAAGAACCUCUAAGGAGGAGGGAAAAGAGGAGCCUGCUGGGCACAAAAGUGGGGGACAGGGAGCAGAGGCCAUGUCCCAACCUUACUCAAUAAGAGAUAGGGCUUUGGGGUCAGGUGACAGCUAUACCCCACCAAGAGAUUCAGGGUCACAGGUUUCUCCCCACACCUCUGAACUCAGGGCCUAGCCACCCCCAAACUUCCAAAUCCCAUUUUUGUGCUACAUAAAGUGAUUCUGACCCUUUGUGGAAGCUGCCAAGGGGAGCUCCCAUCCCUCUGACCCCUGCGUGAGCCAGCCCACUCCCAUGGCUGCAGGAAGGUCAAACAGUAGGGGAGCUGGAGAGAUGUCUCUAACCAGGUUUUAGGGUGGGGUCUUUAGGUUUUCUCACUUUGACAAGCCCCUGAAUGUUUUUAUAGUAGUUUUUUUGUAUUUUUUUGUAAUGACAGUAUUAUGGAAAAAAUAUAAUAAAGUAUUUUAAAAAUA